AUGGAUUCGUCAGACAUGAAAGAAUUGGGAAAAGCCGAGUCUGAACAGAUCGAGCAUGCCGGCGUGCACGAAGCAGCAUCUUUCUCUGCCGAGGAAGAGAGAGCACUGGUCAGGAAGAUAGAUCUCACUCUCCUUCCGACAAUAUGGAUCAUGUAUCUUCUUUCCUACAUGGAUCGUACGAACAUUGGCAAUGCGAAGGUUUCCGGAAUGGAAAUAGACCUCAAUCUCACCUCAAAUCAGUAUUCCACGGCGUUGGUAGUAUUCUUUGUUGGCUACGUGAUAUUUGAAGUCCCGAGCAAUCUAGUGUUAAGUCGCUCCCGUCCAUCGAUAUUUCUUCCAGCAAUAAUGGUGACUUGGGGAGCCUUGACCUGUAUGAUGGCUGCGAUCAAGGAGUUCAAACAUCUUGUUGCCCUUCGGGUGAUUAUUGGAUGUGUUGAAGCAGGCUUUGCUCCCGGUGUUUUGUUGGUUCUUUCUUCAUGGUAUAAGCGCACAGAGCAGUCCAAAAGGUUUGGAGUAUAUAUUUCUGCAGCCAUAUUAUCCGGUGCAUUUGGGGGAGUAUUGGCUGCGGUCAUUGUCGACAAUCUCGAGGGCGUCCAUGGAAUACGUGGAUGGCGAUGGCUAUUUAUUGUGGAGGGCGCUGCGACCAUAGGUGUUGCGUUAAUAUCUUUGUUCAUCCUCCCUGACUUCCCAGCUACUUCCAGGCGGCUUUCGAUCCGUGAGAGGGAGAUUGCAGUGGCUCGUCUAGCCACCGAGAACGUUACGGCCAUCACAGAGGACAGCGAGCGGUUGACAAACUGGCAGGCAAUCGUGAUUUCGGUGAAGGAUUGGAGUACUUGGGCUUUUACAAUCGGUUAUAUGGUGAUUGUGGGCUCCAGCACCCUUUCAUACUUUUAUCCCACGUUAGUCAAGGGACUCUUUGGACAUGCUUCAACGGAACAAGUUAAUUUUCUCACCGUCCCAAUCUACGAUGUGGCCUUCGUGUGCACCGGCAUCACCGCUUAUUUUAGUGAUAACAUUCCACAGUGGCGUGGAUUAGUGAUCGCGAUGUGGUUGAUCUGUUCACUGGCCUGUUCAAUUGCAGUUUGCGCUGUGUAUAACUUCACGGUGCGAUAUGUGCUUUUGGUACUCAUGGCUGCAGGGCUUUGGGCCACGAAUGGAGGUACUUUGGCCUAUGCGUCCUCUGCCUUUGCUGGGAUGAACCCCAAGGUCCGAGGUGUUAGUCUGGCGUUGGUCAACGCUUUAGGAAACCUGGCACAGGUUUAUGGCUCGUACCUUUUCCCUGACAGUGAUGGCCCAAAAUACCUUAUGGGAUUUGCUGUAAUCUCUGCCAUGCUCGCAUUAGGCGUUGCUGUUUUCAUUUUGCUGCAUAUUUGGUUUCGUCGCCAGGCUUGCUCGGCGAUAGAAGACUGA